UAUAAGUUAUUCACAAGUUAUUAUAAGUAGAUAAAAAUAGAACAGCAAUAUUUCGGCUCCCAGAAUCAGCUGAGAGGAGAACAGACAUCGAAAAAGACGGCUAACAGUUAAUUCAUCAUCAUGCCGUACAGGGACGUCUCUCCUUUCUUCAGGCUCGUGCGGCAAACACUCCUUGGGAGGACUCACACCCCAGCCCUCCGUCAAGCCGACAAGGUGGGCUGCCGUUCCCAGCCCCCGCCCAGCCUGCCCAAAGGCGUCAGCUCCAGCCUCUCAGCAAAUUACUACUACAUGAGAGAUGGCCGGCGAGCCGUCGAACCCGAGGAGGUGGUGGCCAUCAACUCCUCCAGCGGCCCCACCGUGCUGCUGUCUGACGAAAGUGAUGCUGCCGGAGCUGUGACCAUUGCAGCAAAGACGCCCAAGGUGCCGGGGGUCGUGCAUCACUUUGACUGAGGCCUCUGCAGUCUGCACGGUGCACUGGGGGCUAUAGUAUACAGUGUUGGGGUGUACAUAGUGAGUGGGGCCUUGGAGUACUGGGUCAUCUGAGGUCAGGGUUACUUAGCACUUCAUAUUCUGUAUCAGGUGUGAGUUUGUCCUGAAAGUAUUUGCACCCUGUGUUCAAGAAAUUAUUGUACCAAAGUUUGUACAGUUUGGCAAUUGUGAAAAUGACACCAGAUGACUACUCUAGAUUUAAGAUUUGCAGAAUAAAGGUAAUAAACUAAUUAAAGUGAUAAAA